AUGAAGCAAUAUUUGAACUAUUACAAGAUGAGGCUGAGAACAUCGAGGUUACUUCAGUUCACGGCGCUUUGCUUUUACGCACAGAACUCGGUGCAAUCUCCCCCUAAUUUCAAGCACCAUGUCACUGAGCAGAGCCGGCUGUCGGACCGGAUGAGCCGCAGACUGACCAGAACCUACCAGCUCUACAGCCGGACCAGCGGGAAACACGUCCAGGUCCUGGCCAACAAGAGGGUCAACGCCAACGCAGACGACGGAGCGGUGCACGCUAAACUGGAGGUGGAGACGGACUCUUUCGGGAGCCGCGUCCGCAUUAAAGGGGUGAAGACGGGAUACUACAUAUGCAUGAACAAGAGGGGGAAGCUGAUCGGAAAGAGGAAAGGCCGAGGCAAGGACUGCAUCUUCACGGAGAUCGUCCUGGAGAACAACUACACGGCGCUGCAGAACGCCAAGUACGAGGGCUGGUUCAUGGCCUUCACGCGGCGGGGCCGGCCCCGGAAGGCGUCCCGGACCAAGCAGCACCAGAGGGAGGCCCACUUCAUGAAGCGCCUGCCCCGGGGCCACCUGCUGACCGAGAGGAGGCCCUUCGACGUGCUCCCUCUCCCCGUGCCCGCGCCGCCUUUCAGCAAGCGGACUAACCACCCCCCCCCCCCAACCAGCAGCAGACCAGGACCGGGGGGCGCUGAGGGAGAACCGCAGAUGAACCGGCACAGAGGAGGACGCAUGGGCUCGGAGGGGGGAAAUUUACUUUUCACGCUCAACCGAAGACCCAGAUAA